ACAAUAAAUCGAGGUCGUCUGUACGGAUAAGUUAUCUAUCCAUGAGUGGCUUGGCAGUGACAUUGUAUAGAGAUGUUCUCCCGAAGCGGACUACUAUUUAUAAUUUGCUUAUUCUUGGCGUCAGGGUCAAUUAGAAAUGAAAAUAUACCUUUUGAUCGAUACGUGCGUUAUUCAGAGAUUCUAGAAUAUCUUGAAAAACUGGAAACUAGGUACCAAGAUUUGGUUUGUGUGAAGAAUUACGGCCUUUCAUAUGAAAACCGAAAUCUUACGUUGAUAACGAUAUCAUCAGGAGGUAGUGAUGGGAAACCGUUGAUAUUCGUGGACGCAGGCGUGCAUGGAAGAGAAUGGCUUGGACCAGCCCAAGCGCUCUACAUAAUUGACCAACUUGUGCAAAACCCGAAGAAUCGGGCGCUAGUUGAGCGCGUGGAUUGGGUAAUUGUCCCGUUGGCCAAUCCCGAUGGAUACGAGUACACCCAUACGACCGACCGCUCGUGGAGAAAAAACCGCUCCAAGGGGAAGAUCUGCGACGGCGUUGACCUCAAUCGCAACUUUGAUGUCGAGUGGACAUCGAGCGACGAUGAAUGUGGAAUCUUCUACCCAGGAACGAAGCCGUUUUCCGAACCGGAAACCCAAGCUCUCAGCCAGGUUAUCUCGCACUACGCUAAUCGAACAAGGCUGUACCUGAGCAUACAUACAGCGGCGCAAGGAUUUCUGUAUCCCUUCGGCCAUUCAAAUUCCACGCCAGAGAAUGAGGCGGAACUGCGGCAGUUGGGAAUUGAAGCGGCCGAAGCGGUUUACAACGUUAACAAAACGGUGUACCGAGUCGGAAGUUCGGCGGGAAUUGUAAAUACGGGAUCGGGAGUCAGUCGCGAUUGGGUUUACAGUGUUCUCGGGAUCAAACUUGCCUACACCGUCGAAUUGGAAGCUUACGUCAAUACUACGUAUGAGGGUCGCUUUGAAAUGCCACCGGAAAGGAUUUUGGGGGUAGUUUCAGAGGUGUUUGAAGCGAUUAAGGUAUUCCACGAUUAUGUCCAACGUAAGUUUUCCUAAACACCGUUCCGUUCGUGUGCCACAGGAGUCUUCUCUUGGACAAUUAUUCUUGUAGGUUGCGUGUUGAAGAGGUGCGGUAGAUUAAACAAUAGCAAAAUGGGGUUAAUUGGUCUUAUGUUGUGUUUAUUAGUGUUUCAAUUAAUAUACAUAAUGUUACCUUU